AUGCGAGAACUUUUCAGUGUAAUAUUAAUAUUUUGCCACCCCUCAGAUGCUUCAAGUCUUUGGACUAAGUAUAAGGACGAUUUUUCAGACGAUAUUCGACGACAAUAUUAUAGACAACAUCUAGAAAAUAAUAUAACAGACAGUGAACUUUAUAAUAAGUGUUUGGUAUUAAUUGAAGACUUUGUUUUGAAUCUAGGUGGAAAUAACUUAAAAGAAUAUGGUUUGCCAACUCCUACAAGAUCUGGUGGACUUUUAGAAAAUAGAGAAUAUUUAAAAGAAACAAGCUAUGAUUUAAAUGCUUUACAGGAAAUUGUUUUGCAGAAUGAACCCUCUUUGACUGAGGAACAGAGGUUUGUUUACAAACAAACUUUAAAUAGUAUCAAAUUAAAUUUAGGAAAAUGUAUAUUUUUAGACGCUCCUGGCGGAACUGGUAAAACUCACUUAAUCAAUAUACUUUUGGCUAAAGUAAGAAGCUCAUAUGGGAUUGCAAUUGCAGCUGCAUCAUCAGGAAUUGCUGCUACGCUUUUACAUGGAGGAAAAACUGCUCAUUCUGCUUUCAAGUUGCCACUCAAUCUGAACACCAUCGAGAUUCCAACGUGCAAUAUUAAUAAACAAUCUAAUAUGGCAAAUGUUCUGAAAAAAUGCAAGCUCAUAGUUUGGGAUGAAAGUCCAAUGUCUCAUAAGAAAGGCUUUGAAGCUUUAAACAACUGUCUGAAGGAUCUAAGAAAUUCAAAUUUAUUAAUGGGAGGAGUCACAGUACUGCUAGCUGGAGACUUUCGACAAACUCUACCAACCGUACCCAGAGGAACUCGAGCUAAUGAAAUCGCAGCAUGCAUCAAGUCUUCAUAUUUGUGGCCUAAAAUAGAAAAAUUUUCUUUGACCAAAAAUAUGCGAGUACAUUUAAAAGGAUACAAGACUGCUGAACAGUUUUCUGAGCUACUCUUAAAAAUAGGAGAAGGAAAAUAUCCAGAAUGUGAAGAAAAAAUUACUUUGCCGACAGGAUUAGGUACUGUUGUUAAUACUUUACAAGAACUUACAUACAAAAUAUAUCCUGGCAUCGAAAACCUCAAAGAAAUAUCAAUAGACUGGUUAUGUGAGAGGGCCAUUUUGACAUCAAAAAAUGAUACAGCAGGAGAAAUAAACAAAAUAUUAUUGGGCUCUUUUCAAGCAAAAAAAUGGAAUACAGAUCGGUGUAUUCGGUGCUGGAAAUAG